AAGCACAUAGGGAGCUUUCGUUUGUCCACUUCGUCACUUCUGAUCUGUCGGACGCAUCUGACUCCUGCCUCUAAUAAAGAAACUCUCACAAAAGAAAAAUGAAGCUUCUUGCUUUAACGAUAUUCUUAUUGCACCUAUACGAUGCCUUAGCGGCAAAGAAACCACUGGAAUUUACAACAUGUUCAAGAAAAUGGGCGAAAAUUGGUUGCUAUCACGACUCACUCUCACCCAGACCCCUUCCGGAAUUGCUGCUCAACGAUCGUGAUAUUUAUAGCUCAGCUAACGAUGGUCACGUGCUUGACUGGCAUAAAUGGAGAGAAUCCCUUCACAGUCUUGCCUGUCGUUGCGCUGAAAAGGCCCGUCAAAAGGGUUACAAGGUCUUUGGCCUUCAGUUUUAUGGGGAGUGCUGGGGAGGACCAAGCGGAGAAGCGGUCUACAGCAAGGACGGCCCAAGUAACAACUGCAUCCAGAAUCUUGAAGUCCCUAGAGAUUGCUCCAAAGAAGACCAUCUUUCUGAGUGUGUUGGUGGACCGAAAACUAACUAUAUCUACUACUUAAUGGACAAUACACCGGAGCCACAGAGUCCAGAUGUAGAUGGUGGCUGGUCUAAAUGGUCCGACUGGACAUCGUGUUCUAAAUCCUGUGGAAAGGGACAAACAAGUCGAGAAAGAGUCUGCAACAACCCCACACCAAAAGGCAAUGGCAAACCAUGCGAAGGAGCUUCAUUUGAAACCGUACAAUGUCACAUUAUGGAGUGCCCAAGUCCGUGCCACAAGACAAUGGAUGUUGGCUUUGUGAUCGACUCCUCCUCCAGUGUUCGAAGAGAAAAUUUCGCUAAGGUCAAGAACUUCCUGAUAAAGCUGAUCGAUGAGCUGGAUGUUACUCCACAAAAGACCCAUGUUGGUGUUAUCCAAUACAACCACAGAUCUUACUUACUCUGGAACCUCGCCAAGCCAGAAUACCAGAACAAAGAUAAACUCAAAAAGGCAGUAGAAAACAUCAAGUUCAUUCCCGGUGCCACACGAACUGACAAGGCCUUGGAAAUGGCUGCAGACCAACUGCUUGCUGGACCAGGCCAUAGAAACUUUGUCCCUCACCUUCUGUUGGUCUUGACGGACGGUCAAACAGGCAGCAGUUCAAAGCCUUACAGCCAAGUCAUGCCAUAUCUAAGGUCCAAAGUCCCAGGGAUCCGAAUUGUGUCAAUUGGUGUUGGUCCAUUCGUGGAUAAACAAGAAUUGAAGGUGAUUGCAAUGGGUAAAGACGAAGAAGUGUUCCAGCUCGAUUCCUUUUCUGACCUUAUUGAAAAGCUUCAAGACAUUCUGAAGACGUUCUGCAAGACACGACAAGGGUAAAAUAUCAUAGACGAAAAAGCAUUUACAAGGGACGAGAUUCGGAUAGACAGCAUUCAUUGAUAGAUUAGAAGAAUGUGAAUUUGUAUUCUUGAGGCCUAACAUGGUCUUUUAUUGAUAUACUAUUAUUAAGAAGAUGUAGACGUUUAUGGCUUUAUUGGUUCAAUAAACUGAGAGAGAAUUCAUCUGGA